UUUGGAUUGGCGCCGUAUAUAAAAAAAGAGCUUGUCAAUGAAGUUCAAAAAUGCGGUGCGUUUGUUGUCAUGUUCGAUGAGACACUGAACCAGACAACCAAAACCAAACAAAUGGACUUGCAUGUGCGUUAUUGGUUAAAUGACCAUGUCCAGUCUAGGUUCUACGGAUCACAGUUCAUGGGCCACGCAACUGCCCAGGACCUACUUCAGCAUUUCAAAGAGUGUGUGCAGCAGCUUGACCUGAGAGAUUUGGUUUCUAUCUCAAUGGAUGGACCAAAUGUCAAUUGGAAGUUUUUCUCAAUGCUCCAACAGGAGCAUGCAUAUACAUUUGGAGGUGCCCAGCUGAUUGUGGUGGGGAGCUGUGGGCUUCACACACUCCACCAUGCCUUUAAAAGUGGCUUCAGUGUCUGGCAGCUGGAGAAAGUGCUCAGGGCAUUGCAUACACUCUUUCACAAUACCCCUGCUAGAAGAGAAGAUUUCUGCUCUUUGACCAAGUCAUCUGUGUUUCCCCUACCAUUCUGUGGGCAUCGCUGGAUCGAAAACCUACCCGUUGUCGACAGGGCUAUCACCAUAUGGCCAAUGAUGGUGAAGUAUGUGGAUGCAGUGACACAGAAAAAGCUUCCAAACCCUAGAACAUCCUCCUAUGACACUCUUGCAGAGGCACGGAAUGACCCUCUCAUAAUGGCCAAGCUGCACUUCUUUAUGGCUGUCUCUAGGACCUUCACCACAUUUCUGACUAAGUAUCAGACAGAUGAGCCGGUGAUUCCAUUCAUCGGUAAAGAUCUGGCUGUUCUCAUGAAGAGCCUACUGAAGAGGUUCAUCAAGGCAGAGAUCCUUAAUGACAUCACAGCACUGCAAAUGGUCAAACUGGACACAACUCCCAAGGAAGCAAGGGCUGGCCUAAAGGCUGUGGACAUUGGAUUAGGAGCAGAAGUAGUCCUAAAGGUGAUGUGAUUGUCCAACAAUUUGGAAAUUUCUUGUCUCUGGAGGCAAAACAUGAGUCAUUCUCCUCUUUCCAACCCAUGCGUACAAGACUGGACGUUUUCUUGCAUGGACUCCUCCAUCAAUCCUACCCUGAACUCUGGGCAUUCUGCAGGAAACUUCUGCUUCUCUACCAUGGCCAAGCAACGGUUGAGAGGGGCUUUUCUGUAAACAAGGAGGUAGAGGCCGAUAACAUGAAGGAGGACACAGUGGUUGCUCAGAGGAUGAUCUGUGACUAUGUCUCUGUCUGUGGGGGGGUUCUCAAAGUACCUCUGACUAAGGAGCUUUUGGCAGCUGCAGCUUCAGCUAGGUCUCAGUAUCGGCUACACCUGGACCAGGAAAAGAGAAAGCAUGCGAGCAAUGCUCAAAGAGAAAAGGUGCAGAAGACCACCUAGAGCAGCUCAAAACGAAGAAGAAGAUACUGAUUGAGGUAGCAAACAGCCUGGAAAAAGAUGCAGACAAGCUAGCAGAACAAGCUG